UUAAAUGUUCACAACUGUGCUACUGUGACAAAGGACUCUUCAGCGCUACUUAAGUUAGCUAGCUGCGUUAGCUAGGGUGUGGAUCAGGAAGAAAAUAAUAGUCUAGCUAAGUUCAGCGUCUCAUAUUAUCUGUUAAUUAGCUAACGGGAAGAUCCAAUGUAAAUAACGCCGUUAUUUAAAAUUUGUCCUACAACUUUUUUGUGGAGUGGAGCUAACGAUAGCUAGCUAGCUAGCUUCUUUCGAGGAGUUCUCCACUUUGUUGUUCAGCUAGGUUAACACGUCAGCUAAACUAGCGAAGUUGGCUAACUUAUGCUAGCUAUCUUGGAGUUUUAAAAUCGUUUCUGUCGCUACUAGUUAAUGUUGUUCCUAAGUUCGUGUAUCAACUUCUGGUUUUAAAUGUCUAACAUCAAAUCAUUUGCAGUAUAGCUAGUAAGUUUAUAUCAGUAGACUGUGCUGAAUAGACUAUGUCAAAUAGCCGCAGCUGCCGGUUUGAUAACGUUAAAUCACAAAUACAAAACAGGCAUUCUAUCUCUGAACAAUUGACCAAAAGAGAGCCUUGCGCUUUCACUAAUUGAUCUAUGUGCCUGAUAUCAUCAGUGUUCAGGGAUUUUAUAUUGGCUGUGUGUGAUAGAAAAAAAGAGAGUAUGUUUGGUAGGCAAUUACAUUUAUAUUUUCUCAUCGUAAUAACAUUAAUUCAGUUAGGUCAAUGUAACGUGCUUCAUAUAUGAUCCCGAUGUCUGUAUUUACUGAACGAUGCCUUCAUAAUGUGUAAAAUUCAUCAGAAAAUAUUUGAAAGUCCAGUCUGUCACGCCAAAAUAUUUGAAACCAGUUCAGUUGUAGCCAACGUGUAAGGAUCUGUGCAGAGGAUGGUGCAACCCCUUGUCAGACCGAUCAGUGUUCACCUGUGAAACGGAAGAUCCUGCAGGUUCAGGUGGGUCUCGCUGCACAGGAAUGGGGGAACCCAAAUCUCCCAAGUUCCCCUCUGCAGAGGAAGAGCUGAGUUACUGGAAGGAACAGUCUGCAAAACACCAGCAGAGGGCAGCGGAGGCUCAGGAGGAGCUGCAGGAGUUCCAGCAGAUGAGCCGGGACUACGAAGCCGAGCUGGAGGAGGAGCUAAAGCAGUGCGAGGCACGGAACCGCGAGCUGCUGAACCAAAACAACCGCCUGCGCAUGGAGCUGGAGAGCUACAAGGAGAAGUACGAGGCGCAGCACUCCGAGGCCUUCCGGCAGAUCUCCACCCUGGAGGGGGACCUGGCAGAGACCACGGCCAUCAGGGACCAGCUGCACAAGUACAUCAGAGAGCUGGAGCAGGCCAACGACGACCUGGAGAGAGCCAAGAGGGCCACCAUCAUGUCUCUAGAGGACUUUGAGCAGCGCAUGAACCAUGUGAUCGAGCGGAACGCCUUCCUGGAGAGCGAGCUGGACGAGAAGGAGAGCCUGCUGGAGUCUGUGCAGAGGCUGAAGGAUGAAGCUCGAGAUCUGCGGCAGGAGCUGGCUGUGCAGCAGAAGCAGGACCGGAGGCCGACCCUCGCCCUGGGCAAAGACACCGACCCUCUGCCCCGCCCCCACACGGGCCUCCCGCCCACCCUGGCCACGCCUGCGGCCCUGCCCCGUAGCUCUGCCAGCACCUUCACCGCCCCCGCAUCCUCCUACCAGCGAGGUGAUGGAUUGACUGCGACCUCCCUCACCACGUCCGCCCGGAUUUCAGCCCUCAACAUCGUCGGGGAGCUGCUGAGGAAAGUGGGGAACCUCGAGUCAAAGCUGGCCUCCUGUCGGGAUUUUGUGUACGACCAGAAGGCGAACAGGCCGACGCCCACCGCGGGCCCCAGGGCACGUGCCGCCUCCCAGGACAGUUCAGACAACCCGCCCAGCGCCAACGGCGUGCCCGCGUUCGAGAAGGGAUUAACAAAGAGGCUGGAGUAUGGACCGGGCCCCAAGAUUCUCCUGUGAUCACCACACACACCUGACACACACUUACGCACACGCACACACACACACACACACACACACACACACUUACAUACUGCCCUGCACUUUGCUGCCUCCACAACAGACCCACUUGUCCCCCAGAAUUGCCUUUGGCGAGCCCCCACAGACCACCGGCCUUCUCCAAGUCGAGUGGAGGGGCGGAGCCUGACAGUGAUUGGCAUUUGGCUGCUGCUGCCUUAUGGACUACGUUUACCUCUCGUGUCACUUUACAGCUGUAGCUGAGUUCAGCCAAUCCGGCUCCAGACAGAAAGAUCCGCGGAAGCCCCCAGAAUGUUCUGUUUGUUUGGCCUUUUCGCCCCCCUCAGUGCCAUAGAAGAGAACAAGCAUGUGUGUUUGCCCAGCGAAGGGGAAGCCAAACACAAAGACAACAAACGGUAUUCAGAGAACGUGUGAGAUCAUCUGGAAUCUACUAUUAGUUUUUUUUUUUUUUUUUUGAUUGGGAAGACUGUUCUGCACAAAGAUAUACUCAAAUGCUGAAAGAUCUAUCCAGGGCCAACACUGGUUCCCAG